AUGGCUAUUCGGCAUCUUGUUCUGAUUAUCCUUGCUGCACUUAGCGUUAAAGCUGAUGUACAUGAUGACUUUCCUCAAUGGGACCGUAUUCACUGGCUUGUCCCCAGUACUGAAACAAUUACUCUGAAAUGCAAACAUCCAUCUUAUUAUCCCUUUAAUGAUAUCGCCACUAACGGGAAAAAGGUUAUGUGGAUUCUACCAAAGGAAACAUCUUACAGACAUUUAGCAAAUCAAACUUCUGAAGAAGGGUUUAUGGUGGGAGGAUCCGACCAAGAAUUCUCUCUUAUAAUAAAGAAAAACGAAAUGAAUGUUCCUGAAGCUUCUAAUGGAAUGUAUGUAUGCGCCGCUCUCGCUAAAGUUGAUCCUAAUAAUACAACCAGCAAAAUCUACUCAUGGUAUUAUCUUCGAUGGGGUGUGGGUCUCUACAUGAAUGUGCCGGCUAUGAACUCUGGAUCAAUAGGAGAAAAGUACUACUGGUGCUUCACAUACGCCUGGGUUUCCUGUUUGGUUGCUAUUGUCAUUAUCAUCCUAUUCGCGGUCACUGUUCACUUCCGUUACAAGGGCGGCCCAGUUGAGGAAUCAGAUAACGAAUCUGUUGGACUCGAUGGCUUAUCUAUUGAUGGAAGGAAAGAAAAGAGGAGGCCUUCCGUAACUUCAUCAAGUUCGAUCAAGAGAGGGAAGAGUUAUGAAGAUACCUAUUCCAAGUUCUAA